AUGAACAAGUACGCAGUGCUACCUCGGGCUCAGCUGCAUCUGGAUUUCAUCCACGCAAACUCUAUGACGCACAGUUUCCUCUUUGGAGCUAUGGCUGAGUUGCUGGACAAUGCAAGAGAUGCAGGAGCUGAGAGACUUGACGUGUUUUCAGUGGAUAAUGAAAAACUGCAGGGAGGAUUCAUGUUGUGCUUCCUGGAUGAUGGAUGUGGCAUGAGCCCUGAGGAAGCUGCAGACAUCAUUUACUUUGGAACAUCCAAGAAACGACUGUCAACCUUCAAGUUCAUUGGACAAUAUGGCAAUGGACUUAAAAGCGGAUCUAUGAGAAUUGGAAAAGACUUUAUUCUUUUUACAAAGAAGGAAGAAACCAUGACCUGCCUGUUUUUUUCACAAACAUUCUGUGAAAGAGAAGGUCUCACUGAGGUUGUAGUUCCAAUACCUUCAUGGCUAACAAGAACAAGAGAGUCUGUCACAGAUGACCCCCAAAAGUUCUCCACAGAAUUGUCUAUAAUUUAUAAAUACUCCCCGUUUAAAAAUGAAGCUGAAUUGAUGCAGCAAUUCGAUUCGAUCUAUGGAAGAUGUGGUACUUUGCUGGUUGUCUAUAAUUUGAAGCUUCUGCUUAGUGGAGAACCAGAAUUGGACAUUAAAACAGACAAAGAAGAUAUACUGAUGGCUGGAGCUACGGAAGAGUUUCCAGAGAGAUGGUCACUCAGAGCCUACACAGCUGUUCUGUAUUUUGACCCUCGGAUGAGAAUAUUCAUUCAAGCCAAAAGAGUUAAAACCAAGCACCUAUGUUAUUCCCUCUUCAAACCCAGAAAGUAUCAGCAUGUCACAUCUUCUUUCAAAGGAAAAUUUAAAAAUGAAGUCACAAAGGCAGAAGGAGCAGUGAAGAUCGCUGAACUCAUAGUUAAAGAAGCUCAAAUCAAAGUAAACCAGCCUGACAGAAUUUCUUUGUCUUCUGCCAAGGAUGUAUUGCAGAAAGCUCUGGAAGAUGUGGAAGCAAAACAUAAAAAUCUUCUAGAGAAGCAGAGAGAAUUAAAAAAAGCAAGAACACUCUCUCUAUUCUUUGGAGUGAACAUAGAACACCGAAGCCAAGAUGGAAUGUUCAUUUACAGUAAUAACCGGUUGAUCAAAAUGCAUCAGAAGGUCGGCCCGCAGCUGAAAGUGAAGUCCCUACUUGGUGCAGGUGUGAUUGGAAUUGUGAACAUACCCUUAGAGAUUAUGGAGCCAUCCCAUAAUAAACAAGAAUUCCUUAAUGUUCGAGAAUAUAAUCAUCUACUAAAAGUCAUGGGACAGUACUUGGUCCAGUACUGUAAAGACACUGGCAUCAUUGAUCCUAAGAAUCUCAGAACUACUUUUCUCUGAGUCUGACCUCACCUCACUGUCUA